GCGCCUCCUUGUGUGCUUGUGUAGAACCCUUCUGCAGCAGUGGGCCAAUCCCACCAGACGCUCGGCUCUCGGCCAGGCCUCUCCACCAGUGCUGGGCAGGCAUUAAGCACGCCAUGACAGGGUCAGGCAAAACGGCACGACAAUGGGGGCACAGACGGCAGGACGAGACGCGUCAAGCUUGAGCCCAGAGCCGGUCGACCGAUUUUUCUAGCCUGGCCGGACCGGACCGCGUUCUUGCGCUAUUUCCUUCCAUUCUCCAGCAGUGCUUAUCCCAAUAACUGGCUAACCACCUCACCUCAAACAGGCUUCAAGCUGUUAUUUUACUGUACCGAUACUGGGCUCUUUGCUUUGUCACAUCAUUCCCUUGUACGACCACGCUGUUCUAGCCGCCACGCCGCCGUCGAUCUUCUCUGCAAACUGUCCUCAAGCAGUCACCAGAGCCCUUGUGCUACAACCCGGAGAAUAAACCCAAAUCCCCAUUGGGCAGCCCCCUUUUUGUUCCUAAUUCCACUAGACAAGCGCCAAUGGCAUCGGCAGCUACCCUCAAGGGCGCCACCCAGGGCGGCAGUCCGGACGCCACAGCCGUCAUCAUCCCCUCCCCCCGGGGUCCCGAUGCUGCCCUGACGGCGUCGUACCGGCGGCUGGCCGCUGACGUUUCGGCCUUCCAGGCCAAGCUGGCCGCCCUGGGCAUCACCCACGGCUCGGCCGUGUCCAUCGCCACCGUAAACUCGUACGAGUUCAUCGUGUCCUUCCUGGCCGCCAGCUGGCAGCGUGCCGUGGCCGCGCCCCUGAACCCUGCCUACAAGCAGGCCGAGUUCGAGUUCUACAUCGAGGACGUCGGCUCCGCCGUCGUGCUCGUGCCCCGCGGCGCCUUUGACGCCGCCAGCCCGGCUGUCAAGGCUGCCCGCCGCUUCAAUGCUGCCAUCGCAGAAUGCUACUGGGACGACGGCAAGGGUGAAGUCGCCCUCGAUGUCAAGGACUACGGCCUGCUCAAGGGCAAGGGCGGCCAGCAGGUCUUGGAGCCGCAACCCGACGAUGUUGCUCUGGUGCUUCAUACCAGCGGAACCACGUCUCGUCCCAAAGUGGUGCCGCUGACGCACCGGAACCUGACCAGGACGAUGAACAACAUCAAGAACACAUACAAGUUGACUCCGGCGGACCGCACAAUGCUGGUCAUGCCGCUGUUCCACGUGCACGGCCUGCUCUGCGGCCUCCUGGCCCCUCUCUACACGGGCGGCUCCAUGGUUGUGCCGACAAAGUUCUCGGCCACCGACUUCUGGCGCGACUUUGCCGCCCACGGCGCAAAUUGGUACACGGCCGUGCCCACCAUCCACCAGAUCUUGCUCAAGCACCCGGCGCCGAACCCGCUCCCGCAGAUCCGCUUCAUCCGCUCCUGCUCCUCCCCGCUCUCCCCCACGGCCUUUGCCCAACUCGAGGCCGCCUUCAAGGCCCCCGUACUCGAGGCCUACGCCAUGACCGAGGCCGCCCACCAGAUGACGUCCAACCCGCUGCCCGAGGUCGGCAAGCGCAAGCCGGGGAGCGUCGGCGUGGGUCAGGGCGUCGAGGUGCGCAUCCUGGACGACAAGGGCGACGAGCUGGCCCAGGGCUCCGAGGGCGAGAUCUGCAUCCGCGGCGAGAACGUGACAAAGGGCUACCUCAACAACACCGAGGCCAACGCGGGCGCCUUCACCAAGGGCGGCUUCUUCCGCACCGGCGACCAGGGCAAAAUGGACGAGGACGGCUACCUCGUCAUCACGGGCCGCAUCAAGGAGCUCAUCAACAAGGCGGGCGAGAAGAUCUCGCCCAUCGAGCUCGACAACGUCCUGACCCGCCACCCGGCCGUGUCCGAGGCUGUCAGCUUCGCCAUCCCCGACGACAUGUACGGCCAGGAGGUGGCCGUCGCCAUCGUGCUCAAGCCGGGCGCCAAGCUCAGCCAAGACGAGCUGCGGGCCUGGGUCGCGGACAAGCUGGCAAAGUUCAAGGUGCCCAAGAAGAUCUACUUUACCGAUGUCAUGCCCAAGACCGCCACGGGCAAGAUCCAGCGCCGCAUCGUGGCCGAGGAGAUGCAGAAGCAGGACUCCAAGAAGGCGAAGCUGUAAAGGAUGUGUUUCGAGAUGUACUACAACGGUGUGCUUGUUGUUGGAGAGACCGAUAGACUACGCGCACGCAAGAGGCACAAAACGGGUUCUCAAAAGCCUCACUGUAUUUUAGUUGCAUAUUAGACGCAUGCGGUGUUUAUGCCAGCUAGACGGAGAGACUUGUUUUCUUGGAUAUAUCAAGUUUAACCAUCAAUGGGAUCUUCAGGUCACGAGAUUCAGCGACUUCUGGAGAGCACUAGAGUUCGAUGGAAAUUUAGCAUUCAUGACCCUUGAAGCGUGUAUAUUCUUUGGC